GGACUUGGACAGCAGAUGGUCUCCCUCUCAGAGUCAGCCGUCAGCUGUUCAUAUGAGCACAGGUCGGACACCGAGCCUCACACACAGUUCAUAGAGGGAACCAAACAGACUGCUGACAAACUCCUGACAGCUCACUCUGAAGAUACUUUUACUCUGAAGACAUGCCUUGUUCCAGGUGCAUAACAGGAAACAGUUCAGUACAAGUUCUUCGUGCAGGAGCUUCCUCUUUCCCUGGACCCUGCAUGCAGGAUGUUCUGGUUACCCCCCUUCAAUGAACAAAGCGGUUUCACAUCCAGAACAACCACACAGCAAAAGAAGUAAUAAUCCUGCAAGAUGGCAGUCACUUCACUCUAUGUUACAGAGGAGCCAGGAGCUGGCUUAGCUGAGGUGGACAUAUGCACGCCUGAGAUUAAUAUCAAGUAUGAAGUCAUCCCAUCUAUCGUCUGCUCCGUCUGCUUCUCAUUCGGCCUCAUCUACUGCUUUUUCGGAUACCGCUGCUUCAAGAUGGCCAUGUUCUUCUCUGGCUUCAUGUUCAGCUCAGCAGCCGUACUCCUGUUGUACCAUAAGGAGCCUUCGUUGGACGUCCGGUUGGGAACAGAGACAAAAGCAGGGAUCGGCCUGGGCGUGGGUGUGCUCUGCGGGCUCAUGACCAUGCUGGUGUCCACUAUGGGACUCCUCCUCAGCGGCCUACAGCUUGGCAGCCUGCUCUCCCUCGCCAUCCUGGCGAUUAUCGGACAGUUUCACAGCCUUACUCCGGUGUGGGUGCCUCUCGGCGCCGUGCUGGCUGCCAGCAUUGUCACUGCUGUCUUCACACUUCAGUGGCAGAAACUGUUUACCAUCAUCUACACAUCUGUGUUUGGAGCAGCCACAGUGAUGCUGUGUGUGGAUUACCUGCUGGGGACAUUUAUGCUGCCAGAUCAGGUGUAUGAUCUGCUCUGUCAAGUUGCCCCACGUCCACUCUGCUGGUUUAACUGGGCAAUCACUGGGAUAUGGCCAGUUUUGAGUCUGAUAGGUGUGCUGGUGCAAUGGAGGUUUACUGCCAAAGGUGUAUCACACAGCGAAGCUGAGCACAAUAAACAGAAGAAACAUGCCAAGAAACACAGAUAUACUGAGUCAAGAAGAAGACCGCAGAGGCAUCGUUGUCGCAGGCCUCCACCACUGAAACGCUACGCUGGGGACGUCCUGGCACCGAGUUACCUCCAGAGCCUUCAGGAGCGCCAGAUGGGAACAGGCUCGUCCACCACCAGCGUCAGCACCAUCACACACACUCUGAUUGACUUUGACUUUGAGACGGGCUCCAUGGUGCCUCUGACUGCUUCCUCUCCUCUCUUUACAGUCUGAAAUAUCAAUCACGCUGAUAAUCAAACAUUCCUUUGAAAUGUUCACUACUUCCACGAACACUUUAACCAUUUGGAUUGCUGGUGUGAAUCCAGUUUAACUGGCUUUGUCAUAUAAUGGUCAACAUGCACACAUUCCUCCAAAUGAUGACAGCACUUAAUAACACGACAUACGCAGUCAUCAGACUGCCGAUCAUCAGUUUAUCUCACAGAGACUUUGUGUUUUGUUUCACAUAUUCACCACGUGUCUAGAUCAUCGUUCAUUUGAGGUAAACAAUGAAUUCAUACCGUUAUGCAAUGAACUUAAUGAACACAAACAUGUGGGAAAAUGUUGGACAAUGAACUAAUAAACCUUUAUUGGAUUUAA